CAAAAGUUACUUGUUUUCCUUCUAGCCUGCCUGUCAUCACCUUGUAUGAACCAAGGACAAUGCACAGAGAGUCUCAUUGGAUUUGCAUGCGACUGUGAGGAAGACUACGUGGGGGACAUUUGCCAACUCAAGAGACCUAUGUGUCAAAAUAAUACCUGUUCUAAUGGAGGAACAUGUCAUGAUGAUCCAACUAUAGGGUUCUACUGUCUAUGUGAUCCCUGCUUUUUUGGAGAGUUCUGUGAACAAGAGUAUGACAUAUACACGUUCUCCGAUGAAGACACAUCAUCUACCUAUUUCUCUGAUUUUAGACCCGUUGAGCUUAAUGUCACGGUUCUUGACAAGUUCUAUCUCGGAGUCUCUCAACUCGUCAACUCCACCAGCUGUGAACUCCGCAAAAGCGAGGCUGCCAUCAUGUGGUAUAUCACCACGCCCAACGGGACAGUCCCCACAAUCACCAUCUACGAGUUUGACACUUUCGACAGCGACAGUGAUAGUGAGGAAUUUUUCAUCGUCGCCAACUCUAACAUACACGACGCAAACUUCGUUAACACAGACGGCAUUCGUGUCGCUUAUAACCUUUCUAAGCCGUACCAGGACGUUAAUAUUUUGGUCCCCGGAGUUCGGGCGGACCCCAGGCGGCAGAAUGUGUUAUUGAUUGCCCAAGGGAAUCUGCGCAGCGUUUUACCCUAUACGGUCAGGGCGCUGACAAACAACAUGUUUUGUCAGUUUAUAAGCUCAUUGCGUGUGAUUCACCUGGAGAGAUACACGACGGUCAUGGCUAAGGUCCUCGCUGUUUAUCCCGAUCAGCUGUAAUUGACCUUGAGGACGAAGAGGGCACAUUGGCAAAGUAUUGCGAAGUCCCC